CUCUGCCCCCCCCCCUCACUGGCAGCCAAUGCGGCUCUGUGAUCAUUAGGAAAGCUGCAAGCGAGAGAGCACCGGGAGAGCUGCAGCAGCCGCACGAUUCUGUCGCAUGUGUGAGCCCGGGAGACUGCCGGACAGAGUUUACUGGGGCACAGAAAUGAGGUACAAUCCUGACUCAAGAAGACAAAAUUGAACAAGUAAAUGAGCAGAUGCUGAAGCCUUGAGCACAUUGCCCACCAGAGUUUCUUCACAUUUGCCCGAUAAUUUUGACUUCCCGGAGCUAAUGGCACUCACAUGCUAACAAAGUCUAAUCUCUCAACUGUCGCACAUCUGCCGGGGGAGCUGUCUCUUCAUUCACCAGAUGAGAAGCGGAGUUGCAAGUUUCCUUUCAGAGAACAAUGCUUUUUGGCAUGGCUUUUAAUGCUUUCUGUUUGGUCUUGUGUAUUGUACUUGGGGCUGCAGAAUUUGGACCAGCACCGAGGAUCACAUGGCACCUUAAAGAAAUCAAUUUGAUGCAUUUCCAUGUGUCGGGCAUUUCCAAUUAUUCCACUUUAUUGCUCAGUGAAGAAAAAGAUGUUCUUUAUGUUGGUGCCCGAGAAGCUAUCUUUGCUGUCAGUUCAGUGAAUGUUGCAGAGAAGCUCCACGAGGCUUACUGGAAAGUCAGUGACGAAAAAAAUUACGAGUGUGCCUGGAAAGGCAAGUCAAAGCAGACAGAGUGCCUCAACUACAUUAGAGUGAUCCAGCCUCUGAAUGACAAGACUCUGUAUGUCUGUGGAACCAAUGCCUUCCAGCCUACCUGCGACUAUCUGGACUUAACCGACUUUCGAUUGUUGGGUAAAAGUGAAGAUGGUAAAGGCAGAUGCCCCUUUGAUCCUGCACAAAGCUACACUUCAGUCAUGGUUGAUGGAGAACUUUAUUCUGGGACCUCCUUUAAUUUCCUGGGAAGCGAGCCUAUUAUAUUUCGACACUCCCCUCAAAGUCAAUUAAGAACAGAAUAUGCUGUGCCUUGGCUUAAUGAGCCAAGCUUUGUGUAUGCUGAUGUCAUCAGAGCUCCUGCAAGCAAUCCAGAAGGAGAUGAUGAUAAGGUGUAUUUUUUCUUCACUGAAGUGUCCGUUGAAUAUGAAUUUUUUAGUAAACUUCUAAUUCCCAGAGUGGCCCGAGUGUGCAAGGGGGACCAAGGGGGGCAAAGGACUUUGCAAAAGAAAUGGACUUCAUUCCUUAAAGCCAAGCUCCUAUGUCAUUCAGCAGAAAAUAAUUUGAUUUUUAAUGUUGUCAAUGAUGUAUUUAUCCGGAAACAUCCAGACUCAACAGAACCAACGAUCUAUGGUGUCUUCACCUCUCACUUAAACAAUGUUGGUUUAUCUGCUGUGUGCGCUUACAGUGUGUCUGCUGUGGAAGAGGUGUUUGCCAAAGGGAAAUAUAUGCACAGCGCCACUGUGGAGCAGUCUAACACUAAGUGGGUGCGCUAUAAUGGAGAGGUCCCUAAGCCUCGACCCGGAGCUUGCAUUAACAAUGAAGCCAGAGCAAUGAAUUACACAAGCUCCCUUAAUCUGCCGGACAUGACUCUUCAGUUUAUCAAGGAUCACCCCCUGAUGGACGACUUUGUGACCCCGGUCGGCAAUAAACCAAAGCUUGUGCUUCAAAAUGUCAUUUAUACCCAGAUCGUGGUGGACAGGGUAAAAGCGCUUGACGGCAUUAGCUACGACAUCAUGUUUCUCAGUACAGAUAAAGGCAUGCUGCACAAGGCUGUCAGUCAAGACACAGAAAUGCGAAUUAUUGAGGAAAUUGUGCUGUUCCCUCAUCAACAACCAGUGCAGACAUUGCUGCUUUCUAACAAGGAGGGAAAAAGGUUUAUCUACGCAGGCUCCAAUACUGGAGUGGUCCAGUCUCCUCUUGCUUUCUGUGAAAAGUUCACAUCCUGUAAAGACUGCAUUCUGACCAGGGAUCCAUAUUGUGCUUGGCACCCAGUGAAGCGUUCUUGUGUUGACAUUCUUCACGAGAGUAAUGCUGAUGGGAGCUUGAUGCAAAAGUUAAAUGGAGAUGCCACUCAGUGUCCAGAUUCUGCUGAAAUCCAGAAAAGUAUGAAGCACACUGUGAAGUCGGGAAGCACGGUGGAACUGGAGUGCACUCAGAAAUCAAAGCUAGCCUCUCUGGUGUGGCAAUUUAACAAAGAACCCCUGAAGACUGAAUUGCACAAACAUCAUCCCCUAGAACACGCCAUAAUCAUCUUCACCGUAACACAGAACGACGCUGGUAUUUACGAGUGUCUAUCCCAAGAGGAGGUGGGGAAUACAAAGGUUUCCCAAGUGCUGGUAAAACAUGUGGUAGAAGUAGAAAAGGUGCCCACUAUUUUGGAGAGUACCAGCCAUCCAUACACACAGUCUGCAGCUAAAUCUCAAACAACCACCGUGCUCAAUAAGGGUCUUGAAUUAUCUACACGUAAGAAAACAACUGCUCGGAUUCUAACAACUCCUGUUGUAGGUACAAGUGGGAGCACUAGGAUAAUAGACAGCACAAACUCAUUAACGGACAGUAAAGUUCCAGAGGUUCAGAUGGAGAAAGCGAUGUACUUAACAAAGCCCAGCGACUGUUCCCUUCUCAUCGUCCUGGUCCUUUUGUUUGGCUUAUUGUUUAUGAUUCUGUUGGCUUACAAUUGUUACAAGGGAUUCCUGCCUAAUUGGUGCUUACGCAUGCGCACUGUCCUGUUCUCUGGAAAGCAAAAAAACCCACCCGAUUAUCCAGACUGUGAGCAAGGGGUAAAGGAAAACUUGGUGGAGCCAAAGUGUAGCCCCAGUCAGUAUGAGGAUACUCAAAAGAUUCCACAGGACACAGGUUAUGAGACCGAAAUGGACUAUGGAAAUGGCACCAUCCCACAUGCAGUGAAAACGGAUGAGAACGAAAGCGUUCAACCAUUUGAUGUAAAAUGUGAUCUCAAAUAUGCCGAUUCUGACGGGGACUGAUCGUUUUAUUUAUUUUUUUUUGGUCAUUAUAAGGAAGACCAUUUAUAUGCUGUAGACCUGCUGAACUGCCUAUAAAAUGGGGCCAUGCAGUCAAGCUUCAAUCCAGUCUGUGAAAGAAAUUAUCUUUUUCAUUUUAAGUAUCCGAUAUUGAUCAGCAUUUUCCAUCGGUUUAAAAAUGUAGCAUAGGUUGCAGGCAGACAAGUUACUCCGGUUUAGUUUUUUUUUUUUUAAUAUCCGUGUUUUAGUCUGUUUUUGUUUUUAUGCUGCUGAUAAAUAAUGCAAAGGGCUGAUCCAGCGUUAACGCUAUUCCGCCACUUGCUGCGAAUUAUUUUAAAAUGAAUUCCAAAUUGGAAACAAAUUCUUAGUUUAUCAGAUUGGUAAUGAGCUUGUAGACCAAACCCUAAUAGGGUCUGAUCUUUUACUUUUAGUGCUUCACUGUGCGCUUUUAUCCAGCGGGCAACACUGCACUGUCUGGUAGAUAAAAGGGCCUAUAAGGUAUUAUACACAGGGCCGGAUUUACAAAGCGGGCGCCCCUAGGCCUGCGGACGUUCAUCUCCUCGUUUCCCUCCCUUUUAUUCGUACAAAUUAACAUCAUCGAGACCGGAGCAUCGAGAUUGGCCUGAUUAUACAGUACAGACUGUGACUGAUUCUUUUACUUGUGCUUGGGAGCAGGUCUGGCUACUUUCUGUUCAUUUCUCAGGGAAAGGCAAUUUCUUCGGCAACUUUUAAAUGUAUUAAUUAAAAAGAGGCCGUUCUAUGCCACUGAACCUUUUUCUUGAAAAAGACUGGAGUUGAAAGGACAGUGGCUUAUUAAAACCUUUUACGGUACGUUCUAUGUUGCACAGAAAUGUUCAAUGUUUAUUGAGAAUAGGCUUUAUGGGGAAAGCAUGGAUAUAUCCAAACUGUCACUAUGGAAUAUUUGCACAACGGGAUACGAUAAUAUGCUGAACACAUUCCCUGCAUUUCUCUCUAUCCAACCACUGAUUUAUGUACAUAGAGCCACAUGAAACAUGUUACGGGAAUGAUCACCUGAGCCAAGGCAACAAUACUAUCCCUGUGAAAAUAGACUUGAUCUAGUACGGACUUCAUUUCUACUUGUCUUACCACUGGAAGAAACCUGCAGGGACAGGAGCCGCAGAGUGCAAACAGCCUGUGAAAGUCUAGUUUAAAGGCGCACUUCACUGUAUUACAGACUCCUUAGCCCAUCAUAUAUUUAUGCAAGUGAUCACCUUAUUUGUUUUUAAGAAGAGGAAGAAGAAAAAAAAAAAACCCAACAAUGUAAUGUUAACUGCGGAUGCUGAAAAAAAUCGAAUUUUUAUUUUUCUAUUGUCAAUUCUGUAUAGAUGUAAAAAUCAAAUGUCUUAAUAAAAGUAUUAUUUUGUUGGUUUAUGAAACAA